UGACAGUCGGAUGUGACUUUCUUAGUUUUCUCAGGCCUUUUGUACUGUCUCGUGUAGUUUUAGCCAAGUGUCAUCUAGUGGUCAUUCCACGGACAUUGCCCGUGGUUGUGCAUUUUUCUUGAGCCAUUAUUAAUACCUGCAAAGAGCUGAGCCAUAUGCCGGCAGGAGGGUUAUAAAGUGCCUAAUAAUACCUAUAGGUUACCGAGGGAUUUCCCUCUUUAUUGCUGCCCUUUCUAGAUUUCCUGAUUCAGACGUUCUCCGGUCAUGUGGAAUGAGCGCUGUGUUCCUUUUCUUGGCAGACUUGGUGUUUUUGUAAUAAAUUGGCAGCGUACACUAUUUUCUAUCGCUGUGCACCAUAUUGGUCUCCUUUUAUAGGAUUUCUGCUUCAUUUUCUGUGCAGUGGGAAUUGUUUUUGAAGGGUCUGUGGAUUAGGAUCACCAUCAAGCCCGGUAGUAGCAGUUCUUAGUGGGUACUUAUCAACACCUCCUUACCGUGCCAGUCUGCAAUGCGCCUUUGUGCAUAGGAAUGCCGAACAAGACUCCCUUCUAUGUCCUGCUAUGUUCCACCCCGCAGUAUGAGUCACGCCGCUCCCCCUCCCUCGGCCUUUCUCUAUUGUCCCCCCCCCCCUUCCCUGUGCCGUGUAAAGCCUCCCCAUCAUCAUUGCUCAGAAGUAUUGUCUCUGCUGCAGUCUGCAGACUCAAUGUGCGGAGUCAUGUAUGCCGAAUGUAUAAAGAAGUAACCGGCAUGCAGUCGUCCUCUCAUUAAUCACCGGUAGCCUCACACCUAUACUUAGGUUUCAAGGAGACGCGUUCUCCCGAUAGGCUUUGUUCACUCCGUUUUGUGCAUCUCCGCUCAAGGUCACUUCAAGCUCACCCAUCUUCUAGCGAUCAAUUAAUAGUGUAAAGGGGAGAUGAGACACUCUGCUGGGACCCCCCACCCCUCUCCUCUUGCCUCUGUUUUGCCUUAUCAUUUGCACUUGAACAUCCUUGGCUGUUAACCCUGUUCUAGUCCUGUCUCACCCGAUGCAUUAGAUGCUAUGCAAUCAUUCAUGAUCCUCAUCUCAUAAUGCCAGACCUGCAGGUGUAUAUCUCCUGUUUACUUCUAUCCCCCUCCCCAUGAUUAUUAUUCCUCUACCUAAAUAACACUAACACAAUGGUUUCUUCCGAAAUAAAAAAAGAAUAUAUAUAACAUUUUGCUGCAUGCUUUUAGUUACGUCUGGGUUAAAGAGAAUGUAAUGAAGGAAGCUUGUUGGAAGCCAGCGGGUAUCUACCUCCGUAAUCUACUUUGCUACUAUGGCUUCUCCCACAAUCUUGAUGUUUGAAAAUGUCCCAGAAAAUUGGGUGUGCUGUCCCAUCGAGAGCUAAUGAGACCCCCACCCUGCUCCGCCCAUGAUCCCGGCAAUCAUUAGGUUUACCUUCUCACUUUAUCAUCCGCUAAAAUGAUUGUACAGCAGCGCCUAUGGUGCCGGGGAGUUCAUUGGUUGCAUAUCUCUAAUUUUGCAUAGAUCCAAGCAUAUAUUUCAGUAGUAAAGAAUGAUUCAUUUAAUAACCCCCCCACCCCCCACCCUGUCCUCUUGUUGGCUCUCUGUGGGAAGGCAUCUGCCUUGCGCUCCAGGUGAUGGAUAGAUGUUUGUCCUUUGCUCUGUGUUUUCUCCGUUUCAUAUUGGACUCAUAUCCACGUAUGUUCCCACCACACACCACAGCAUUUUAAGAAGUGUUCUUCAGAUGACUUGCCCCCGGAGGGCCACUAGGCGUGCCACCAUUUUAUGAGAAGCCCAUAGUAUAGGGAGCACAGUGUUUUAUGUCACCAUACACUAGAUUUUAUUUCUUUUAUUUAUUUUUUCUUACUUCCUUGGAGAUGGUCAAGCUACCGGUUUAUUAUAUAUAUAUAUAUAUAUACUUUUUAUCGCAUGACUCAGUUUUCACAAAACUUGAUCACUGGUGGAUAUUCAGUAACAGAGGGGAGGGAGGGCCAAUUUUAUUACUGGAAUAUUUUCGUGUUUUUUUUUUUCUCCCACUCCUUCUCUCCCCAAUCCAUCAGGAUAACAUCGGACAUCGCUUGCUGCAGAAGCAUGGGUGGAAACUCGGCCAGGGCCUGGGGAAAACUCUCCAGGGCAGAACAGACCCUAUCCCAAUCGUGCUUAAAUAUGAUGUUAUGGGAAUGGGACGUAUGGAAAUGGAGUUGGACUAUGCAGAAGAUGCCACAGAACGAAGACGUGUCCUGGAGGUAGAGAAAGAAGACACUGAGGAACUGAGACAAAAAUAUAAAGAUUUUGUGGAUAAGGAGAAAGCCAUUGCAAAAGCCCUGGAAGAGCUGCGGGCUAACUUCUACUGUGAGUUGUGCGACAAGCAGUAUCAGAAGCACCAGGAGUUUGACAACCACAUAAACUCUUAUGACCACGCACACAAACAGAGAUUGAAGGAGCUUAAACAGAGAGAGUACGCCCGAAAUGUUUCUUCUCGAUCACGGAAAGAUGAGCGCAAGCAGGAGAAGGCUUUGCGAAGACUUCUUGAAUUGGCAGAGCAGAGAAAGCAGUCUGAAAGUGCUCCUGGCAGUGGUCCCAUGUUCAAGGCAACUACAGUUGUUGUGGAUGAGGAAGCCGUGGAAGAUGAUGAUUUGCCAGUCAGUACAUUUUCAACGGUGCAAGACAGUCCUAAGCCUGUUCAGGAGGAGAAGUUGUCUCAAGCUGUCGUCUGUGUUCCUACACAACCCACUUCCCCAGCUAUAAAUUUUAGUUUUAAAAACACCUCUGGCCCGUCCUCUCUUCAGAAAGUAGGUUUCUCCUUCUCUUUUGCCAAGAAAACGUCUUUAAAGUUAGAGUCCUCAGCGGCUGUCUUCAAGGAUAAUAUUGAAGAGGUAGGAUUAACAGAGGAGGAAAAGGAAGAGGACAAGGCAUCUGCUGAUCUCAUAUCCCCUAUAAAGUCAAUAGAAGAGGAGAACAGCAAAGACAAUGAAAGUAAAGUGGAAGAAGAGGAAGAUCAAGAAGAUAAUGGCGCCUCCCUCGCAAGCACUUUAUCAAAACUGAAGAAGAUGAAACGUGAAGAAAGGGGGACACAUGCUGGUGAACCAGAGUACUAUCAUUACAUGCCACCAGCACACUGUAAGGUAAAACCAAAUUUCCAGUUUUUACUUUUCAUGAGAUCCACUGAACAAAUGCAGGUGGAGAAUGUCCCUCAGAAGAAUGAGAAGAAACCAACUGCCAUUACCAAGAACAAGGCUGUCAAACAGACUGAAAACAGAAGUGAAAAGAAUAUUGUUGGUGAUGGCAAGCCUUCUGUGCCUCAACCAGUUAGCAAUUCCCCUCCAGUUUUACCCAAAGUUGACAAGAAAGAGGAUCCAGCAGACAAAGAAACAUCUAACACUGCAAAUGAAGAACCUCCCAAAAGUUCUCCUGCACUGGUGAAAGAACCGCAGGAAAGGCCCAAGCACCCAACUGGUCCUUUUUUUCCAGUGCUGAGCAAAGAUGAGAGCACAACACUGCAGUGGCCCUCUGAGCUUUUGAUAUUCUCUCAGGCAGAACCUUCCAUCUCCUAUAGUUGUAACCCAUUAUAUUUUGACUUCAAGCUUUAUCGAAACAAAGAUGGAAAGGCCAAAGCUGUAGAAAAAACUAAAGAUAACCCAGGUUUGAACAAAGAAGGUGCAACAGAUGCUGAUUCAAGCAAAGACCUGAAUGUAACAGUUAAGAAGGAAUCUGUCCCAGUGGUACAUACUUGUGCAAUACAACCUAAAAUCGCCACUGCACUUUCUAGUGAUGUAAAACCUGAAAGCCUUGAGGAAGGGAACAGAAGUGAAGCUACGCGGAAAUCCCACAAGCCGAAAAAAAAGAAAAAGCACAAGAAGAGUGGCAAGCGAAAACGGAAACACAAAGAAGGAGACGAGGGUACUGAACAAAAAAUAAAGAAAAGGAAGAAGCAUAAGCACAAGAAGUCAAAAAGUUCUUCCAAAACAGUGUUGAAGGCAGAAGAAGCAGAGCAAAGUACAUCUCCUGCAUUGGGAGGUUGCUCAAAAGACACUGCACCAGGAAAGUUGCUGACUAAAGAAGACAGUGGAGGGAAUUCAAAUAAUAAACAGGACCUUCAUACAUCUUCCAAAGAGCCAGAGAACAAAAAGGCUAAAAUGGAGUCCAAGCAAUCGCUUCCUCCUCCCUCACAAUCAACUUCCGCCUCAAAUCACCGAAAUACACCCACCAAGGCUAAAAACCCACGUAGUAGUGCAGAGUAUGAUAGUGAGGAUGAUGCCAGUAGAAAAAAAUCCCCAUCAAGGUACAGCGACGAGUAUGAAACUGCAAGUGACCGAUCCAGAAGUCGAUCAAGAUCUGGAAAGCGGCGGCGGUCUUACUCUUCCAGUUCUGGAGAGUCUUCAGAUAGAAGCCAAUAUAGUCGUGACCGAAGUUAUUCUGAUAGUGACUACAGUGACUAUAGCAGUGGAUCUAGGGGGCGAUCCAAGCGGCGGGCACCAGGCUCAGAUUCGGACUCUGUGACAUCUAAGAGGCAUUCCACUAGACAUAAAUACUCCUCCUCUGAUUACAGCCGUAGUCGUUCUAGGAGCAGAAGUCGCUCAAGAAGGAGGAGUCGGGAUAGAGGUAGGUCUAGUAGCAGUAGUCGGAGUCGGAGCAAAAGAAGGAGCCGCAGUUUAACUGGUCGUAGCUGGAAGCGCAGCCGUAGUUACAGUAGGGAUCGUAGUACAAGUGUUCGUAGUCAUUCUGGAAAAGGAUCUCAUGGGAGAGAUAGUGUUGAUAGUCGUAGAAGUGGUAGACGGGACUUUAACCGCUCUAAGGUUUAUCGAUCACAUUCCCCACAUUAUUAUCGUUCUGGCAGCCGAAGAGAGAGCAGUCGAGGGUCUGAAACGAGAGGCGCAAGCAGCACUAACCUGCCCCGCAGUAGCACUGAGAAAGAUACAGGCAGAUGUUCCUUAACAGCAAAACAACUCCUAGAAAAGAUCCAGUCUCGACGUUUAGAAAAGGCAGCAAGCACAACAAAUGAUCGCAACUCCAAGUCAGGAUCAAAAGUAAAAGACCCACCUCAGGGAUACUUUGGGCCAAAAUUGCCACCUGUUCUUGGUAAUAAAACUGCUCAACUCCCAUUAAUAGGCAAACUGCCAGCAGGGUCCAAAGGCACAGUGCCUUACAAAGGUGAGAAUGAGUCGGUAGAAACAUUGGUCACUGUAGAUGGAGCACAGGAGAAAGAAAAGACCUCUUCCAAGGUAGAUAAUGUCCCAGAGUCUGAACCUCCUGCAUCUGUUGCAGAACCAGUGGCCCAAGACGAAUCUGUUUGCUUCCAGCCACCUGCUGAAGGGUUUGGAGAGGGACUCUCACCCAACUCUUUGGGUAAUGGAAGUCUUCCAUUGCCACCAGUCCAUGGCCCAUUGAUGCCUCCACCACCUGAUUCAGAAUUUUUUCAUUCUUCGACUUACCCUCCUGUAACAGCUGAACCGAGUUCUAUUCGGCCAGAUGGGGAAGAAGAGGAAGAAGAGGAGGAGGAAGAGGAAGAUUCAUUAGCACCUCUGGAAAGCCAGCCCAUCACUUUUACCCCUGAAGAAAUGGAAAAAUACAGCAAGCUACAGCAGGCUGCUCAGCAACAUAUACAACAACAGCUGUUGGCCAAGCAAGUUAAGAAUUUCCCAGCCGGAGCUCUCCCACAUGCACUGCAGCCUUCAACACCAGCCCUCCAGCCUAUACAUAUUCAACAGGCACCACCCCCAGUUUCUGCUGCCUCCAUCACCACUGUACAACAUGCUAUCCUCCAGCAUGCUGCAGCUGCAGCAGCUAUGGGUAUGCAACAUCACCCGCAAUCUCUGGCACAGGUCCACCACAUCCCUCAGCCACAUUUGGCACCCAUUUCCCUUUCUCACCUUACACACUCUCUUAUCCCAGCCCACCAUGCUGCAUUCUUAGCUGGCCAUCCCAUACACAUAAUUCCUGCCUCUGCCCUUCACCAUGCUGGGCCUCUGACCCUUCAUCAUCUCCCUCAUGCUGCCCUAUACCCAACUCUGUUUGCUCCACGUUCUGCCUCAGCUGCAGCAGCCACAGCGUUACACCUCCAUCCUCUUCUUCAUCCUAUCUUCUCAGGCCAAGACCUGCAACAUCCUCCAAACCAUGGGACUUGAAAUUAUCCUAAUAUGCACACUUCUACCUGACAGACCAUAGUUCAAUGGAAGGAGAUUCAAGCCAGAGACAAUGGUAGAGAAGGGGCCCUGGAUGGAAGACAUCCACAACUACUGGGUCGUUAUCAUAACCCUGUCCCAGUUCUUCUAUGCUUCAGUUGACCUUCCAGGUCCAGUUUUGUUUUACAUUUAUUGUCUUGGAGACCUGGAGUUAUAAACUAAACGUUCAAGUGGUAUGAAAGAAAGACACAUGAAGGUGAACAUUUACUCUUUUAUACUCUGCCCGAAAUUCUGUAUAAUGAGAUCUAUAUAUAAUCCA